AUGGAUUCUCCACGCCCAGGCACCAGUUUACCCUCGCGCCCUUCAGACUCUCCAGCCCCGGGUUCUUCUGCAAGACCCAAAGUCCAACAGCCCAAACCCCAAGCCCUCGCUAACCGUCCUGGAACUUCCGCGAUUCUUGUAUCCACGCGACAAAAGGGCAACCCGAUCUUGACCCACAUUAAGCUCUUGCCAUGGGAGUAUGCUGAUAUCCCCGCGGACUAUGUCAUCGGUACCACCACGUGCGCAAUGUUCCUGUCCUUGAAAUACCAUCGCCUACAUCCAGAAUACAUCUACUCCCGAGUUAAACAACUGGCAGGCAAAUACAACCUCCGCCUUGUCCUAGUAAUGGUUGAUAUCGAAAAUCACGAAGACAGUCUCCGAGAGCUAUCCAAAACAUCAAUCAUCAAUAACCUCACCUUGAUCCUAUGCUGGUCUGCCCCAGAAGCUGCGCAUUAUUUGGAGCUUUUUAAAUCCUCGGAGAAUGCACAGCCCACUGCCAUUCGAACUCAACAGGCUCAAUCAUAUAAAGAGUCGUUGGUAGAGUUUGUCACGGUCCCCAGAAGCAUCAACAAGUCCGACGCAGCGAGUUUGAUUUCCACCUUCGGCAGCUUGCAAAAUGCCAUCAAUGCCCAGCCAGAGCAGAUCAGUGCCGUGCCGGGCUGGGGGGAGAAAAAGGUUCAGCAAUGGUGUAACGCAGUCCGGGAAGAUUUCAGAAAUGAGAGUACGAAGAAGUCCUCUACAUCUGCUACACAACGUCGGGCUCAAUUGCCACUCAUGAAUACGGAUGACAGACGUGAUCGAAAUAUGGACGAAGAAGAUGAAGAAGAGGCAAUCCUUCGUGCAGUGUUGGAGGAAAGCCGAAAGACAGCCGCUGCUGAAGCUGCGCGGCCUAUUGAGCCUCCGGCUCAAGGGCAACCACCCGAAGAGAUGAGUGAAGGCAUCGCUGCGGCCCUUGCGAGGCUCAGGGACAAUGGUAGUUGA